AUGUCGCUCCUCAGCAACGCAAAGAGGCCUUCAGAAUCUAGUGCUACACUUGUCACCGAGUCUUCUAGUGGCCAUGCUGAGGGACAAGCAGAUCCAGCAGAUGAAGAUGUCUCGGUGACACUUGGCGCUCCAGUCGAGACGAGGAGUCCUUUAGGUCGUCAAGUCACCCUUUUCUCUGCGAUAACAUUGAAUCUCGGCGAGCUGCUUGGAUCAGGAAUAUUCUCAGUUCCCGGGGUCGUCUUGAACUCCGUUGGUUCGGUUGGCCUGCUGCUUGCCUACUGGGUCAUUGCACCGAUCUUCGCUUGUGUCGCUCUUCUUGCUUACACCGAGCUUGCGAGUAUGUUUCCCCAUAGAUCAGGAGCGGAGGUCGUUUUCCUCGAGCAAGCGUAUCCGAGACCACGUUUUCUGGUGCCAAUCUCCUUCGCAGUGUCCACAGUCCUCCUAUCAUUCAGUGCAACAAACUCGAUCGUGUUCGCCCAAUACGCGUCUGCUAUAUUUGAUAUCGAUAUCACCGGAUCGAGGCAGACUGCCUUUGCUCUGGGAGUGGUGACGUUCUGUGUAGCAGUCGUCGGCGUGUCGACAAAAUGGGCUCUGCGAAUAGUCACAGUGUUAACCACCAUCAAGAUUCUAUCGCUAAUCUUUGUCUCAGGCACAGGCGCCGCUGUCCUUCUUGGCUUCACGCAUAUCAGCGAUCCGUUCGCAAAUUUCCGCAACAUAUGGCAAGGCAGCAGCACGAACCCCAACGCACUCGCGACCGCUCUAGUCAAAACAAAUUUCGCCUUCGUGGGGUGGGCAAACUCUUACAAUGUCCUGAGCGAAGUCAAAGGCGACAAUCCCGUGCGCACCGUCCGCAAUGCAGGGCUGAUCUCCUUGUCCAUGGUCACCAUCCUCUUCUUCUUGACCAACCUUGCUUACGUCGCCGCAGUGCCGGCGGAAGAGAUCAAGGGCUCUGGCCAGCUUGUUGCAGCACUAUUCUUCAGCCAUGUGUACGGUGAACACUGGGCUGCGAGGAUCCUGCCUGUAAUGGUAGCGUGCAGCUGCGUGGGCAACAUCACUGUCGGUCAAGCCCGUGUGCUGCGUGAAGUCGCCCGUCAAGGCCUCCUUCCUUAUCCCGAGUUCUUCGCCUCCACAAAGCCAUUCGGAACGCCUCUGGCCCCCGUCUCUCUCAAAUGCGCUCUCACAGUCAUCGUCCUCCUCGCGCUCCCGGCCAAAGACGCAUUCAGCUUCAUGCUUGACCUGACUUCAUAUCCGAAUCUGAUAUUUGCAGCUGCAACGGCGAUUGGUGUUUGGAGGCUUCGGCGCUCGCGUGCUCUAGUCGGGCUAGCUCCGUCACCAUUCCGUGUCAGUAACUUUGCAGUCGGCCUAUGGCUGAUGCAAUGUGUAUUCUUGCUUGUGAUGCCCUGGGUACCUCCAGAACACGGACGAGGCGAUGUUUCGUUUUGGUAUGCGACAUAUUGCGUCGUUGGCCUUGCAGUACUUGGCUUCUGCGGGCUCUAUUACUAUACUUGGAUCAUCCUCCUCCCGCGUUUCGGUGGAUAUAAGAUCGUCGAACAAAUUGUGGAGUUGGACGAUGGUGCUCGUACUACCCACCUUAUUCGGAAAUACGAGACCCCAUCGGAGCGAGAACCUCUCCUUACGGUUCGUUAA